ACGGAAUCGGGCCUGUCCAUGGUCGACUGGCACCUGGUGAAGGAGAUGAAGCCCCCGAGGACGCAGCAGGAGUGGGAGGCCGAGUUCCAGAAGUACCAGCAGUUCCCGGAGUUUAAAAUCCUGAAUCGCGACAUGACACUGACGGAGUUCAAGUUCAUUUGGUACAUGGAGUACUCGCACCGCAUGUGGGGCCGCGGUGUGGGCUUGGCCUACAUCCUGCCCGCCGCCUACUUCUGGCGAAAGGGCUGGCUCAGCCGCCCCAUGAAGGGCCGCGUUCUCGCGCUCUGCGGGCUGGUCUGCUUCCAGGGGGUGCUGGGAUGGUACAUGGUGAAGAGCGGGCUGGAAGAGAAGCCAGACUCGUACGACAUUCCUCGGGUCAGCCAGUACUGGACGGGGCUGUCUUUGCUGCUUCCACGACACAAGUUACCUGAGACGCAUCAGCUCCUUCGCCUGCGACAGUUUGCUCAUGGCACUACAGCUCUCAUUUUUCUUACCGCUCUUUCAGGUGCCUUUGUCGCGGGGCUGGAUGCUGGACUCGUGUACAAUUCCUUCCCCAAAAUGGGGCAGCGCUGGAUCCCAGAUGACCUCCUCGCCUUCUCCCCCAUGCUGAGAAAUAUCUUUGAGAAUCCUACGACUGUGCAGUUUGACCACAGGAUCUUGGGCAUCACCACGGUCACGGCUGUCGCAGCGCUGUACCUUUUCUCGCGGCAGAUCCCUCUCCCUCGCAGGGCCAGGACAGCAGUGACUUCCUUACUGGCUGUGGGUUGCGUGCAGGUGGGCCUGGGCAUCGGCACCCUGCUGCUGUACGUCCCCACGCCGCUGGCCGCCACGCACCAGUCCGGCUCCCUGGUGCUGCUCAGCGUGGCGCUCUGGCUCAUGACCGAGCUCCGGCGGGUCCCCAAGUAA